AUGGCCGCGCCCACGGAAGCCCAGCUCGCGCACCAGAAGCUCCUGGAGGAGCUCGACACCCACGCGAUCCAAAAGACAUUUCGCAGCGCGACGUGGAAGCCCAACCAGCGGCGCAACAAGAACCUCAAGGCUAUUCUUGGUGACGCCUCUAAGCGGGAAGCCUCGGCGGUGGCGACACCCGCCGACCACAGCGGCGCCGCGACACCCGCCCGCGACGACGGCCUCUCGACGAGCGGCACCUCGACGCCCGCGACGACAACGGGCAACAGUGGCGGCAGCGGCAGCCUCACGGCGGCUCCGAACCUGGCGCAGGCGUCCAGUAGCCUGUCCAAGCUCGUGCUGGAAAAGAGCCUCAAGCCGUCCGGGUUGGCCGCGGCCAGCGGUGGCGGCACCACGCCGGCGGCCACGUAUAUGAAUAUCGAGUCGGCCCCGUCGCUGGCGCACGCGAAGCGCUACUGCGACAUUACCGGCCUUCCCGCGCCGUACUUUGACCCCAAAUCGAGGUUGCGCUACCAUAAUAAGGAGGUAUUUGCGCUGAUUCGCUCGCUUCCGCAGAGCACGGCCGAGCUGUAUCUCGAGGCACGCGGCGCGCACACCAUCUUGAAGUGA